AAGAAGUCAGUUCAUCUAUGGUUCUGGGUUCAUCUUGUGGUUCAUCUGUAAUAGUACCUAUUAUUUUAAUUUAUAACACACUGUUUCAGUGAGAAUUUAUUAAAGUUUAUAUUGUGAUUCAUAUUAUUAUGUCCAGUACGAUGAUUAAACAAGAAGGGAUAGGUGAAAGUUGUUGCAUUUGUACGGGAGGCGGCGAUCUCCUCACCCCUGAGGAGCACGACGCCGGGGCGCCGCCGCUGCAGGUCCCGCUUAGGACGAUGCUGCUGCACCUCAACAAUAACAAGGUCCUUCCUGAGGGUAAAUUGUGUGCCGGAUGCAUCCGGCGAGCGAUAGAAUCGUAUGAAUUCAGCACCGCCUUGGGUCAAACGCAUCAACCUCUGAGUGAGAAAAUAAGAGCCUUACGAAAAAAAUUGUAUGAGCUUACACAAAAAAUAGAUGUUUUUAUUGUGGUCGGUGGACCGGGAACGGGUUCCAACUCGAGAGGGUCGUACAAUGAGGAUGACAUCAUAGUGGUCAACAAAGAUGCUCUGGCUGCUGCUACUGCUGCUGACGAUGAGGAAAGUGAACGCGCCAGAAAUGCUAGAGGAGACGCUGUCUUCCAAUGUUCAGUCUGUCCCCAAUCAUUUGCGCUAGCCAGCGAGUACCGGGAACACUUGGCGAGCCACCCCGAGGACGCUAAGCACUCCUGCUGGACGUGUGGAGCCCAGUUCGCUAGCAAGGAUGCCCUGCAAGAUCACUCCAUCAAUCACAUGACACCAAUGGACCUCAUUUGCCAGCUCUGCAGCAUUGAGUUCCAGAGCGCAGCGGCCCUGCGGCGUCACAGCGUAUCGUGCGCGGCGCGGUGCCCCGGCUGCGGCGCGGCGGCGGCGGGGCGCGCGGCGCUGGCCGAGCACGUGCGGGCGGCGCACGCCCAUGCCCCGCCCUACGUGUGCGCCGAGUGCUUCCGCCCCGCCCCCUCCGCCGACUCGCUGGCGGCGCACGCGCUGGCGCACCGCCGCGCCGAGCGCUUCGUGUGCGGCUACGACGCCUGCGUGCUGCGGUUCCCGGCGCGCGCCGACCUGCUGCGCCACAUCCGCGCCGCGCACGCCGCCGUCGCCGCGCCGCCCCCGCCCGCCACCGCCCCCGCCCCCGCCGCGCCCCCGCCCGCGCCCGUCCCCUGCGACUUCUGCGACCGCACGUUCGCGACAGCGGCGGCGAUGAAGCGCCACUGUCGGGUCCACGUCAAAGUGAAUGCAGACGAGAGCGAGUGGCGAGAAGCGGGCGGUGCGAGGGCGGCGGUGCCGGCGGAGGGCGCGGCGGGGGAGGGGCAGGAGAUGGCGGUCGGCGACGAGGGGGAGGAGAUGGCGGUCGGUGACGAGGAGGAGGUGGAGUACCUCGAGAUGGAGGUGCUGGACGGCGACGUUAGCUGAACGCCCCGCCCCCCCACACGCAACACGUGCGGCCCGCGCUGUGACGGCUCUCGGGCUGUACACAGUAAUUCGCACUCGGAGUUACCCUGUAUACCAGUUGUUACUUGUUACGUUAUAUCCAACGUGCACAUAAAAUAUAGAUCGUCAUUUUGUA